AAAGUAAYAACAAAAUGAUAAUACCAAAAAAUCUCUAACAGUGGGGGGUUUCCUGUUGGUCAGAGGCCCUUGGAAUUGUCCUAACUUUCCCCCCUAUACAGCGUCCCUAAUAAGAACCAUCACAAGCUGGCCUGGUGAUGCCUCUCUGCAGCUGCAGAAUUGUUCUGAAAGAACAAACUGGGACAUUUUUUAACAGACAGACCUGGAAUUAUUAACUGACAGUGUUAUUUAAACAUCAAGACCUGCACUGGCAAUGUUACAGUGAAAAAACGCAUCCGGUUCUUCCCAAACACAAAGGCAUGGAUGACCAGAGAAGUUCAGUGGCUGCUUAAAGAAAGGAACACUGCUUUCAAGUUUGGGGACAAGGACUUCUACAGCUUGGCACGGAGCAACUGGAGAGGGAUCAAGAAAGCUAAAAUGGACUACAAAUAGAGCAUUGAAGAGAGUAGGGACAACAACAACAGCAGGCAGGUUUGAAUGGAAAUCCAGCACAUGAACUACAGAACCAACCAUGGAGCAGGUGACAUCACACUAGGAGAGAAGUUGAGCCACUUGUUUUGAGUCAGAGCCUCUAAUGGCAACUGUCCCGAAUGAAGCAGUGCAACUAAGCACCUCUAUCCUCAAUGUGGAGAAAUAUGAAGUGAGAUGCUCGCUACACUCUGUCAGCCCCACAAAGGCAGCGGGACCUGAUGGUGUUCCUGGAUGUGUGCUGAGGGACUGUGCAGAGCAGUUGGCUGGGAUCUUCACAAAAAAUCCUUUAUCAGUCCCUGUCUCAAGCCAGAAUCCCAUCCUACCUGAAAUCCUCCAUCUUUGUUCUCAUUCCUAAAAAAAAAAAUUACCCAUCACCUGCUUGAACGACUACCAACCAGUGGCUCUGACCCUAUUGGUGAUGAAAUGAAUUGAAAGGCUGGUUCAGAGUCAUAUUCGUUCAUUCAUUUCUUGCACCUUCGACACACACCAGUUUGCUUACAGAGCUAACUGAAGAUGCUGUUGCCACUGUCCUGUCCCACUGAGAUAGCUACGGACGCGUCCUCUUCAUCGAUUUCAGCUCGGCAUUUAACAAGGACACACUAUUCCUGCCUCCCCUCUCUCCCCCAAGACUCUCCUCCCCCACUUUCCCUCUUUUUCUCUCCCCUCUUAACCCCUCACCAAAUCUUUAUCUUUACCCUAACCUCACCCUUCAUCUUACCUAAACUUAACUCUUUCCUCCCCCCUUCUCUCUACCUCCUCACCCGUCUUACCCACUCUCCCCCUAACCCCUCACCAAAUCUUUAUCCUUACCCUAACCUCACCCUUUUUCUCUCUAAACCUAACGUUCCCUCCUCCCUCCUCACCCCUCUCCACUACCCCUCUCACUCCAUCCCGACCAUCACUCCACAUUCUCUGUUUUCUCCCCUUCUUUUUUCUUUCACUUCCCAUUUCCUCCUCCUUUGGAUUAUGAACACCAACUUAACAAUUCACUACAAGCUUCAUCUGAGCCCAGCUCAGAUGAAGCAACUGCACCCACUGGAAUAUGCCACCCAUAUUCUACGCAGCCCACACAGCACAAACAAACCAAAAGGUGACGCCCUGGAGCACACCGCAAGCACCAUACACCAACCAUAAAAGAUAGUCCCUGUUGCCCAAGGUGGUUCUUGAUCUCGAGUGAGAGUGCAUACCCUUUGAGGUACCUGAAGGGGCUGAGAACCAUUCGUGGGGAGCCCGCAGCCUCAAAGAGUAAAUCACUAACUUAAUACUUAGUAUAUGUAAAGUGUACUUUCACAAAUUUAAGUAAGUUCAGCUGGAGAAGAUCUCCACAGGUCCCGCUGUCUCACGAAAGCCAAGAACAUUUUAAAAGACUCCUCACACCCCAGUCACAAUUUGUUCCAACUGCUGCCAUUUGGCUGCAGAUCUGUAUCUGCAGCCAAAUGGCAGCAGUUAAAGUAAGAACAAACAAACAAAAAAUCCUCUUCUUGGAUCGAGAUGCGAUCAAAGAAACAAGAAAAAUAAGAAAAUAAUUAGGUCAUAUCUUGAGAGGACGAGUAUAUUCUCCUCAGUGCCGAGACAAGAUGAGUCCUAACCCUAUGCCCUUUAGUACUAUUUAUCACCCAUUUUCAUUAUAAUCCAUGUAACUUUAUUGCAUGGUUUCUAUAAUGACUAAAGAUUAUUAUUAUUAUUACAUGCGUCAUCCCUCAUUUUCUAAAUAGCUACUGUUUCUGUGUGGGUUAUGGCUGUCAAAAAAAGGGAUAAAAUAUAAAACUGCGGGUGAAAUUACUGCCUCUGGCAUGUGAGAACAAGAGUGGGGUCUGUUUGUGGAACCAGCUAAUUGAGCUUUAAGGAGUAAGACUAGACAUAGAUUGGAACUUUGACAGAGUAUGUUUUAGCUCGUCUUCCAGAUGGAAGGAUAUUAACAAAAGAGCAGUCUCUUUCCUUAAUUAAGGUAAUGGAGUGGAAAGAAGCUGGUGACUAAAGCAGAUGGGCAGAGGCAUGUAAAGGCCUUUGGGGGGUUCAGGGAAUCAACAGGGGAGGGAGAGUAAGGUGAGGACGUCAGCUUUCGAAUGGCAAAAGAAGGGAAGAUAAAAAGCCCUCGUUUGCUCUGUCAGAUUCAUUGGCAGAGAGCUCAUGUCUGAGGAACACACAAGGAAAUGCAUUGUGGUUCAUUUUAGAAAAUUCUACAGUGAAGAAAGUAACUGAACAUCUGAGAGGGAAAUAGAAGACUUUUGUUCAUUAGAUAAAAAUAACUUUCCCUUUUGUUUCAUUGUGUUGUUAGUUUUAAUCCCAAGGAGAAGCUGCCAGUUACAGAUGAUAUGACGCUUAGGAGGAUAAAGCUGCAUUGGAAAGCUACACUCGUACUGAAGUGGAUUCUCCUUUGGACCUGUCAACCACCUCUCUUCCUUCACGAUGUAUCAGCUGUCAAUCUGCGGCAGUUCAUUGGAUGUGCAGUUCGGGAAUUCACCUUCCUUGCCAAGAAGCCUGGUUGUGGUGGUUUGCUCAUCACUACUGAUGCCUGCUGGGGGCGCUGUGAGACAUGGGAGAAGCCAGUGCUGGAGUCCCCUUUCAUAGAGUCUUACCAGCGAGUUUGUACCUACAACAUGACACGCAUGGUCAGCGUGAAACUACCCAACUGCAAGCCCAACAUUGACCCAAUAUACACCUAUGCUGUGGCCCUACGAUGUGCCUGUGGGUUCUGCCUGACAAGCACCACUGAAUGUAUAACAUCUGUCUGAAAAUGUGGUGCAAUUCAGAUCAGUUCUUAUAUCAAAUUUAAUUUCAGUUCAGUUGUUUUUUUCAAAUGACCUGAAUUAAACAUAUAAUAGUUCAGACUAUUAAAAUAAGGAAGUAAUCUGACCUUUUGAGAGGUUUUAAAGGUGGUAGGGUGAUGGAGCUUUUCAAAAAAGUUAAUGAUGACAGAAUAAUUGACACUGGAAAUUCAAUAGUUCACUGUUCUACUAACAAGGAACCAAACAGACAUGGGCAUACAGAUUCACUAUUUGGGCCAUUAUAGACUAGACAACAUCAUUACUUCAUAUUAGAAACCACCACUAUAUGCUGGUGGGCCAGCCAAGAAGAUUUUAACUAAAGUGAGUAAAGAGAUGGCGUAAGAACAAUUAAUCACAAAGUGUACUGCAUUUUCCACUUUCAGUUUAGCAGAAUGAGGAGUUUUGUUGUGUAAGUGUAAAGAGUGCAAAGGUUAGCUGCUGAAGCGUCUCGUCAUUUGAGCAGGUGACAUUAGGAGGUAGUGUGCAAACUUCCCCUUUACUUCGCUGGUGAAGAGACAACUGCAUCUUACCAGAAGCCCUGGAUCCAAAAUAUAUGUACAGUCAACUGUCCUGAUAUCCAGUGUCUAUAUUCUAACCAAAUAGAAAGGCCUUGACCCUGACUUAUUCAUAAUUGUUUGGAAGGAAUUUUUUAAAUUUAAAUUCCCCUAAAGACCUAUUGUCUCUGAUACUGACAAAGCCUGCUUGUUGACACAGUCCCAAGCUUGCUCCAGCCUAGAGCAGAGAAGUGAAGUGCCGCUUCACCUAAACUUAGCCAACAUCUACCCUAGAACAGAAAUGAAUCUGGAGCUGAGAAUUGCCACACGUUAUGAGGUAAUGUGUGGCAGCUGCACACACACAUGCUGCCUGCUUAUCAGAUGGUCCCCCAGACAAAGAGCAGA